AUGUCAAAAGACAUAGAGCUCCAACAACCCCACGCUUUCGACGGAGACUCCCUGAACAAGAAAGAAAGCGAAAUAGAAGGCCAAGUUGAAGACCUCGAUGAAGCAAAUAUAUUCCUGCGACAGCACAACAUCACACCAGAAUACAUAGCCAAGCUACUCGAUGACAAAGCAGCCAACAAGCGUGUAUCCCGGAAAGUCGAUCUGCGUUUACUCCCGCUACUAUGCGGUACCUACUUCCUCCAAUUCAUUGAUAAGCAAGCCAUCAGCUACUCCGCCGUCUUCGAUCUCUUCGAAACAACCGGCAUCACCGGCGCACAGUACUCGUGGCUCGGUUCCAUAUUUUACUUUGCCUACCUAGUCGCUGAGUGGCCCUCCGCCUAUCUCGCCCAACACUUCCCCACCGCCCGCGUUGUCUCCAUCUACUGCUUUUGCUGGGGGUCCGUCAUGCUCGUCACCGCUGCGACGAACAACUUUGCGGGGUUUGCGGCUAUGCGGUUUUUGCUGGGGAUCUUUGAGUCGGUUGUUACGCCGGCGUUUAUGAUGAUCGUAGGUAUGUGGUACAUGGGUGACCAACAACCCGCGCGCGCAGGCAUGUUCUACUGCUUCAACGGCAUGGGCGCCGCCAUCGGCGGCAUCCUCUUCUACGGCGUCGGCUACGCCAAGAGCUUCACCGUCUGGAAAAUCAUAUACCUCAUCUGUGGCGGUAUGACGGUGCUCUGGUCUUUACUCCUCUUCUUCAAACUCCCCGAUAAUAUCAUGUCUGCGAAGAACUUUUCGGUAGAGGAGAAGGCGCUGCUGAUUGCACGGGCCGCGAAGAAUCGUACCGGCGUGUACAAUCGCACGAUCAAGCCACGCCAGAUUCUCGAGGCUUUGACGGAUGCGCAGGUUUGGUUGCUUUUCGUUUAUGUGCUGCUGAAUGAGGUUAUUAAUGGGGGUAUGUCGAACUUUGGUAAGUUGAUCAUCAAGGAUGUGGCGGGCGGCGAUGCGCUUCGGACUACAUUGUACGGUAUUCCGCAAGGCUUUGCACAGGUGUUUUGGGUAUUUACGGGUCCGUUUCUUGCGUCUCGUCUGCCGAAUGCACGUACGUAUAUGAUGGCGCUUUACCUGUGCCCUACGAUUAUCGGGACUACUUUGAUUUGGCAGUUGCCGCGGACGAAUCUCGCAGGGUGUCUCGCGGGAUACUAUUUGGUUGGCUCCUACGUGGGUGGACUAGUGAUCGCACUCCAAUUCCCCGCAUCCAACGUCGCCGGAUACACGAAGCGGACGACUGGAACAGCGUUUGUUUUUCUAGCAUAUUGUAUCGGUAACAUCAUCGGACCCCAAGCCUUCCUGGCCAAAGAAGCCCCCAUCUACGAAACAGGCGUCAGGACAGUCUUGGCUUGCUCAGUCGCCCAGUUCUUCCUGGCCUUUGUCAUUAGAGUUUUGCUCGCCCGACGAAAUGCUCAGCGUGAUCGUGAAGAAGCUCAAGACGACCAGCAUGGUACUGUCAGUGAUGUGGGCGUCAUUGAGGAUGCUACGGAUUUUCACAAUCGAAAGUUUCGGUACAGGUUGUAG